AAUAUUCUUAUAGUAUUCGUGAUUAUUUCUCACUGUUUUGUGAUUGUUAAUUCCUACCUAAAUUUUAGUUUUUUUAAUAUCAAAAAUUGAUGAAAAAAUCUUUUUUCAAUAUAGUUGAUGUUUUGAAAGGUACUAAGAGCAAAAAAAUGUUUAUGUGGCACCCUGCCUUCCAACUUCUCUUGAUAAAUGCUGUCAAUAAUUGUUUUUGCUUGCAAUCAUUCAUCGACAUAAUUAUGUUGAUCUUUUUUCCAUAAAAAAAAUGAACAAAACGAGCCUAAAUUUUGUCAGUUAACAAAAAAAAAGAAAAAAAAACAGACUAAAAAAUGUUUAAAAAAUAAAAAACGGCCACCAUCGUGUUAGAUUCUACUGGCUCUUAUAGAAAAGUGUUUAUGAUAGAAUAUAUACAUUAAAUUAAGAACAGUGCAUACCAAAUUUUCAGUGAUUUUAGGUCUCAUUUUAGUACAAUGUACGUCUCCAUUUAAGAUUAUUUGGUUGAUGCAAUGUUAUGUAUUUGUGUUUUCUUUGAGUUUGUAUCUGUUUUAUAUUUGUGGUAAUUUUUUGGUCUCUAGCAAUAGCAAAGGUUAACUUAUAUGUAACAGAAAAUCUUAGGUGUGCUAGAUUUGUGCAUGUAGGAUCAAUUCCUGUUAAAUAUACCAACUCUGAGGUUUUCUUUGCUAUGGACUGAAUUAAAAUUAUAUAAAAUGUUCCAUUUUAGUGACACGUAUGAUAGGUGCCCAAACAGAAUAAACAAAUUCACAUUUCCAGUCAAGCAUUAUAUGUCUCUUUCUCACAACAAGAAUUACAAAAGGAAGAAAACUAUUAUUUUUGGUAGAAUAUAUUUACAGUUCCUAUACAGGAUAUGAAUAAUUCAAGUUAUUGGUGUAUAAUACAAUCAAAUAUGAAAGACUUUGGAUUGUUUGUAACAAUUUUAAUAUUAGCACCUCUCUGUCUCGCUUCUACUCAUUUAACAAGAACGGUCAAAAGGGAAGUUAAAAAAGUAUCAUGUGGCAACAUAACCCACCAUGUCAUCCAUGAAACAGCCACUAGCACGAGUAACAAAAAUGAUGUCAUCCACUAUGUGUGGUGUGCAAUCAAUCGACCCACCAUACUGAUUAAACAUGUUUUCAACAAAACCACUCUGAAAGUAAAUAAUCAAAGUAUUUGCGAUCAAAAAGGUUUAGCUUUCGAGUUUACCCCGGAUAACUCUGGUAUAAGCGGGCUGAUCCUGACUAAAGUCUUUUCGUAUGAAGAUCCUGACGGUACUGUUAACUUUAACACUGACAAUAUAAAAUAUGAAGUAGCAGACAAUUACAGGUGGGAGUACAUCAAUGACAAAGCAGAGGACUCUGCCAUUUUUAAUGGCACUACAAGACACUAUCCAGCUGGUGGUAACAUUAUGUUUAAGGUACAAGCACAUACAAAAACUACCAACGCUGAUGAAUGGCCGCACAACCCUGUAAAUGCCAAUUUGACGGAGUUUACGCUCGGUUUAAAUAAACUGCCAGGUAUCUCGGGGGUUGUACAUUCCAGAUAUGCAGUUGAGGUGGUCGUUUUUCGUACUGGCGGCUCACGCAGUGUUAGUUACGACACAAAGGAAUAUCUAGACGACGAAUACACCCCUGGUAUCUUCAACAUCUGGUCGGCGGACCUUCAGUCUGGUGGUGAUAAAAGUUAUGCUACGUGGAAGCCGGUAGCUUACGACAAGCCUGAACGUUCAAGAAAGAAUCAGAUAUUUGCGCGAAAUCAUGGGAGCAGCGAUAAACUCGACAAAAGCGGUUCUUUCCAACCUUACGCGGGUAACAUUACUUGGUCAAUAGUGAAGGGGCUCCCUGACGUUCGUUUUUUCGGCGUUAACGUCACGUUCGGCUCAUCAAAAGACGAUGUAUAUAAGGGGAAUAAGUCGGUUAUUACGUGGGUUGGAUUGGUCGGUUCUGGGAAGCCUCCCUGCGAUACAUACUCCGACACGACGUUAGCUAUUAUAAUCAGCGGACUCGGUGCUCCAGGUAUAGUUAUCUUAAUUGCUAUAUUUGUGUUGCUGAUUAGGCGAGUUCGACUUAGUAGACGCUCCAAAUAUAGUCAAAUAAACUAAUUUGUGGAUUUAUCAAUUUUUUUUUAUGAACUAGUAAAAGUAAUUAACUAUUGGUAAAUAAUAUAAAAAGGUGCUUACUGGAACACCCAACUUUUAAGCUCACUGGAACACCCAACUUUUAAGCUCACUGGAACACCCAACUUUUAAGCUUUAAAACAUUGCGUUAAGAAUAAAAUUCAUUUGACUGAUAAUUAAUCAUAUUUACUCCUGCAAUAAACAGGACGAAAGUUUAUUUCAGUGACCUAAUUUGUUGGUGAGCAUUUCUGUUUUUGAAGCAUAAUAGCUGAAUAUUUUCAGCAUUUUUCUGCUGCGGUAAAAAAAUUUCUUCUGCAGAUAGUCAAAUUUCGCAUCUUUCUCGAGUGGAGACGUAUGUGCACUUAAGAAUGUUUACAAUGUUCUGAAUACAUGCAGUAAGAUAGAGACUCCUUAUUUUAUGUAUAGAUAUAAACUGCUGGAUAGAAGGAGAAUAAUUUUUGCACGUUAAAUUAACGAUUCGUAGUUGUAGAAUCUUACAGUUCUCAGUUUAGUUGUUUUAUAAAUACCACUUUAAAGUGAACGCGAUUUCGAGAUUCUCUUUUUUUCAGUCUAGUGAGAAUUUUCUAAUUUAUGUAUCGUUCUGCACGCUUUUUUUUUAUAAGAAACAUACUUUUUAAGUGCAGCCUGGAUUUUUCUUUAUUUUAAAGAUGGUUUCUGGAAAUGUAUAUUGGCCCUUAUUACUACGAUGCGAUUUUGUAAUUGAAGAAGUCUUUAACCUAAAGGUCUUGGUUUUUUUUUCGAAUGUAUUUUAUAUAACAGGCGUAAAUCAUUUGAUAUCAAGUUCAUGAGUACUUAAGUUGUUGUGUUUCCUUUUUUAAAUUCUCUUCAAUUAUUUUGGAUAUCUCCUUGUUAACAGAAACUCAAAUAACAUGUUGUCCGAUUUUUGACCGCCGUCGAACAUUGGUACCAUUUUAGUGACGUCAUACGCAAAAUUAAUUUAUUUAGUUCCUAUUAAGAACUCGAAAAGAGAGAAGCAUAUUUUUGCGUUUUUAUGUUCUAGUUAAUAUAAGUAACUUUGUCACGUGACAUAUUUUGUAAAUAAUAUUUUUUUGCAUACAAAAUUUUUCGAAUAUUUUAAAAUAUUGUUUUUUCAUGUUA